CCGGUACGCACAAGUGCACAUCCACUCUGAGAAGAAGAAACCCAAACGAUCCAGAGAGGACUCCCAGUCCAGUCUCCGUCCAUGGGUGCGGGAAAGGGAGGAGACGGCGAGGAGGCCGCGCAGCCCGUCGUGCUGAAGCUGGACCUGCAUUGCGCCGGCUGCGCGCACAAGGUCAAGAAGGCCAUCAGGCGCGUGCCUGGUGUCGGGUCGAUCGUGACGGACGUCGCGGCGAACAGGGUCGUCGUGGCGGGCACGGCCGACGCGGGCGCGCUCAAGGCGCGGCUCGAGGCCAAGACCAACAAGCCCGUGGAGGUCGUCUCUGCCGGCGGCGUCCCCCCAAAGCCCCCCGCCGCUGAGCCCCAACAGGACGCUGGCGCCGGCGAGAAGAAGGGGGACAAGGGCGCGAACCCCAAGGAGGAGGCUAAGGAGCAACAGGCGGCGGAGGAGGAGAAGAAGAAACCCAAGGAGGAGACGGUGCUGCUCAAGAUCCGCCUCCACUGCGACGGCUGCGGCGACCGCAUCAGGCGACGCAUCUACAAGUUCAAAGGCGUGAAGGACGUGGUGCUGGAGGGCAAUGCCAAGGACGAGGUGAAGGUCACGGGCACCAUGGACGUCCCGGACAUGCUCUCGUACCUCAAGGAGAAGCUCAACCGCGACGUGGAGGCCGUGGCGCCCGCCAAGAAAGACGGCGAUGGCAAGGACGAGGACAAGAAGGACGGCGGCGGCGGCAGCGGCGGCGGCGAAGACAAGAACAAGGGCGCGGGCGCGGCGGGCGGCGACGACAAGAAAGACAAGGGCAAAGGGGCCGACGACGUGCCGGUGGCCCCGUCCACGGCGGCCGCCGCGGCGUUGAUGGCCGCGCCGGCGGGGGCGAGCACGUACCGCGUGGCGCCGCCGUACCCGUACGGGUACGUGGCGGCGUACCAGCAGCAGCCCCCGCCCCCCGCCAGCUACUACCCGUACCCGUCGUACUACGGCAAUGGCGACGGCGUGGGCCUCGCCAACCCCGCCCACCACUACCCGCAGCCGCAGCUGGCGUACCCGCCGUACCCGUACCGCUUCGACGUGGCGCCGCCGCCGCCGCCGCCGCAGCUCUUCAGCGACGAGAACCCCAACGCCUGCUCCGUGAUGUGACGUGACGGGAACCGCCGCCGGCCGUGGGCACGCACGGUGUCCCUUGGUUGCGUCAGCGAGCUCACCCGAUCCGUCGUCGGCUUUAACCUUUAGCCGGCCGGCCGACCGGCCGGGAAGAAAAGAAAUCGACAUGUACAUAUCGUCGACGGUAGAGCUCUAGGGUUAUUUCUCUGACGCAAUUCUGCCUGCUUCAUCCGUUGAAUUGAAUCCUUUCGUUCCCA